AUGUUUAGCUAUCUGGACGACCCCCAAGCAGGAAGUACCGGUGCUAGCGCCGCCAUCAGCAAGAUCUUUGACAGCUAUCGAGAUGACCCUCAAGAGAACCCCGACGGCAUCGGCAUCGAAGGAGCCAUGAAAUUCUUUGGAGAUAUUCAGGUGCAACUGGAUGAGGUCGCCUGUCUUGGAAUCGCAGAGCUGCUCAAAUCCCCAUCGAUGGGUGAAUUUACUCGUGAGGGCUUUGUGACUGGAUGGAGAUCUACGAGCUGCGAUAACGUCAAAAAGAUGAUCAGUCACGCCCAAGAAAUCCGCAACCGUAUCCCAACAGACCCUGAUCUCUUCCGCCGCGUAUACCGCUACACCUUCCCUCUCUGCCGUCUCCAAGGCCAGCGCAACCUGCAGUUCGAAAUUGCCUCCGAACAAUGGCAUCUCUUCUUUACUCCCGACAACGGUGGCACGACAUGGAACACGAAAACGACUCCCUGGCUGGACUGGUGGAUCGAGUUUCUGGAGGAGCGUGGGAAGCGGCCGAUCAACAAGGAUCUGUGGGAGCAGCUGGAGGUGCUUAUGCGCAAGACGAAGGAGGAUGAGGAGUUUUCGUGGUGGAGUGCUGAUGGAGCGUGGCCGGGGGCUAUUGAUGAUUUUGUGGCUUAUGUGCAGGCGAAGAGGGGGAAGAGCUCGGAGAUGGAGGUUGAGUGA